ACGGAAGUAACGCAGAGAAACUCAGUGACCCAGUCGCAUUCUGUAAUAAAUUAAAGAUGUUUUCUGUAAAUCUCCUCCGGACUUUACGACCGUGUGGACUUCAUCAGUGUUUUACCGUUAACGUUACUGUGAGGCCCACGAGGCUUGGAGCUUCGCCGCAGAGCACGAGCUGUAUGAGGGGGGUGAAGCAGCUGCACGCGGUGGGAAGGUCGGUCCUCCUCAACAACGGCAACAAGGUGCCAUCCUUCUGUUCGUCCAUCAGAUGUGUCUCCACUGAAACGCCCUCCACAGAUGGACAGCUUAUUUACACUGGUAACCUGGGCACUGCUGUCAGAGGAGUGAAGUUUUUCUCCUACAGCACCAGCGGCGCCAGCCUCUUCCUGAUGCCUCAGAUCCUCCUGAAGACCGGGCUAGGUGUCCAAAGCUUUGCCCUGCAGGCAGCGUUCUGUGGCAUCAUCGGGUUCUUCACCUUUCUGACCCCCGUCCUCCUCCACUUGGUCACCCGGGGCUACGUGAUCCGUCUGUACCACCACCCCGACACGGACACCUACACUGCCGUCACCUACAGCGUGUUCCUGACAGAGAAGAGGAGGGUGUUCCACCAGAGGCAGGUCAGGAUCCCCUCCGUCAGCAGGAUGUUCACCACCUUCUACGCAGGAGACGUUGGUCUGCUGGUCAACCCAGACUUAUUCGCCAUGCCCCAGGACUAUAACCAUCUAAUGGGCUACGACAAACCGUUCAGCUUCAACCCAGAUGACAUGAGCAGACCUGAGGACAGCUGAGAUGCUCUGCAGGAUUAGUGAAUGUCAUAUCUAUAGGACAAUGACUGACCUUAUGACUGACGGAGGACUUGAUCUUCAACCUGGGAACUAUUUACACCUAUGUAUGGCUUUAACAGCUGAGGCUGGCACAUCAGCAACAUAUUGGACUAACCGGCAUGCUCCAGUUGGGCUUGUCUUAAAUACCCAACUGGAGCAUUCAUAUGAUACAGAUAGUGUGCCAGUAUCAGCGAGGGGUCAGGAAGUGUUUAGAAAUCAGUGUGAAAGGAGGAAAUGUAGUCUGUUAAAGCUCUAAAUGGACCUGCACACUGCAGUUAUAAGAAAAUUACUACAUCCAUUGGAUCAAAAGGGAUUUCACCCCCCCCCAGCCUGCAUGUAUGAGCUUUAAAGGAUGACAUCAACAAAGGCUGGGGAUGAUGGGACCUUUUUUACCAAAUAGUUGGCAACUUAUAGAAAAGUGGGUGGUACUGGCGCCAACGAAAGACAGUCAACAUAGGGAAAGACUGUAGGCACAUAUGUGUUCUAAUGAUAGAAAUGCUGAUUUUUUUGAAUAACUGGUCUGUGCUGGAGGCUGCGUGGUGGCGCAGAGGUUGUUGCUGGGCCUUUCUGUGUGGAGUUCGCAUGCUCUGCCAUGCGUACGUGGGUUCUCCCCAGCAGUGUUAAUUUCGUCAACUAAAACUGACUAAAAAUGUUUGUCGACAGCCUUUUUUCCAUGACAAAAACUAGACUAAGACUAAAACAAUAGAUCUGUGAUGACUAAA